UACACGUUAAUCCACUAGAUGGUGUUCUCUGAACAGUAGUAGGCUAAGUCGCCUUCAGGGUAGCCAACUCUGUUUCUGGAGGAUUACCUUCCUGCAGACUUCAGUUCCAACCCUGCUACAACACACUUACCUGCUAUACCUUGAACACCUUGGUUAGCUAGUUCAGGUGUGUUUGAUUUGGGUAACUUGGAGCUAAACUCUGCAUGAUGCUAGCCCUCGAGGAGCAGGGUUGGAAACCCCUCUGCCAUUAGACACUGAAUUGCUGCUUUUCUGAGAACACUAUCUAGUGGAAUAACGCGUACAAAGCUCGUGCGUAAUUACACACGUCACUGAUUCGCGUAUUCAAAUAAGAAAUGCUCAUCCUUAUUGCUUCAUCUAUACAUUUAGACAAUAGAACUUUCAAAACUAUUGAUCAGAUUUUAUUUAAUUUUCUAUGGAAGAAUCGUGUGCACUAUAUUCGCAAAUCUGUUGGUAUGAAUUUUUGAUUUUCUAGAUUUCUCUACGUUAAAUAUAGGCUACCGUCAAAAUUAAUUGGUUAAAAUUUUGUUUGAAACAACCUUCUUUGUGGAAUUUUAUUCCUAAUUUUAUUUUUGACCAACUUGGGGGUCUUUCUUUUUUUACUAAUGUGUGAUUACAAAUUUGACAAGUUGCCUGUAAAACUAUCUGCUUUUCAUGCUCAAGCUUUGUUGAUCUACAAGCACAACUUCUCUCCGCAACGUUAUUUUAUUUAGAAUAACCGUUGUAUUUUGUAUAAACACAAAAAUGUUUUUUUUUUUUUUUUAAAGUUGGUUUGAUAAGGGUAUUGUUUUAGUUUGUCAUUUGUUUAACACUCAGGGAUACCUCAUGACGUAUGACGAGUUUCUUAUGCAUUUUAAUUUUCCGGUGACUCCCAAGGAAUUAUCUCUUGUAUUUUCUGUAAUCAAUUCUGGUAUCAUUUCCUUAUGUAGAUAUGUUAUCACCAGUUGAUAUGCCCAUAAUUAACCCAACUGAUACAGUAUGUGGUAAAAUUUGCUUUUCACAGUCCAAAAGCAAAAACAAAUCUAUUCGUUCUCUAUUUUUAAUGGAGGUUGUUACUAAGUCUUGCUCUACUGUUUAUUGGACUAAAUUUGUUAAGGACAUUGAUUGGGUGGCCAGCUCAUAAAGAGGAAGUUUAUUGUCUCAUGACUUUAAUUGUAUGACGGAUAUGAAACAGAGAAGUGGCUUUAUUAAGGAACUCAGCAAAUUCUAAAAUCUGCUGCAUAUAUUUUACUGAAGCAGUGUGAAACAUGGAUCUGGUGAUCAUGGAGUCAAGAGGUUUUUGUCUGCUAAUGCUUUGCUGUUUUAUCAACGUCUGCAACCUUCAUCCUCUCUAUCGUCCCAGUAAUGGACUUCGUCUGUGUCGUAAAAACUCAAGUCUGACAGCGCUGGAGGUUCUACCAGGUGGAGGCUGGGAUAACCUGCGCAACAUAGACAUGGGACGGGUGAUGAAUCUGAGCUAUUCCCAGUGUCAGACCACAGAAGAUGGUGUCUAUCUCAUUCCAGAUGAAGUCUUUGUCAUUCCACAGAAAGUGAGCGGAGUGGAAACAAACUCUGAGAUGAUCAUGUCAUGGCUGGAACAAAAAAGCUCCACUUCAAGCUCCAUUAAUGCUGAUAUUUCCUUCUUUUCGGUGCUCAAUGCAAAAUUCUCCACAGAAAACCAGCGCAUGAAAACCCACCAAGUGAAAGAGAGUUCUGUAACAGCACGAGUUCAAGUCCGUAACCAUCUGUACACUGUAAAGGCGUAUCCUGACUUCACUCUGGACUCCCGCUUUGCUCGACAGGCAGAGGAAAUUGCAGACGCUAUUGAGAACAAUCAAACCCGUCAAGCAACAUACCUGUCAGAGAAACUCAUACUUGAUUAUGGUACUCAUGUCAUCACAAGUAUUGAUGCAGGUGCUACUUUGGUGCAAGAGGACUAUUUAAAAAUGUCUUAUGUCUCUAACAGUCAUUCAGACACGUCUUCUGUUUCUGCAUCAGCAGGGUUUAACUUCUUUGACAAAGUUAAAUUUGAUAUUGGUGCCAAAACAUCCCAGGGAACCUCUGAAAACAGCGGUUAUCAGGGUAACAUUACAUAUUCUUUAAUUCAGAGCCACGGUGGAGCUUUAUUCUACCCAGGCAUCACUCUGCAGAAGUGGCAAGAGAGUACGCUCAAUAAUCUGGUGGCUAUUGACCGCUCUGGGUUGCCACUACACUAUUUUCUUAAUCCAUCCACAUUCCCAGACCUCCCAACACCAACAGUAAACAAAAUGGCUUCAUCAGUUCGUAAGGCUGCAGAGCAAUACUAUAAAGUAAAUACCAUUCCAGGUUGUGUAAAUCCAGAUUCCAAAAACUUCAACUUCCAGGCAAAUGUAGAUGAUGCUUCCUGUGAGGGUCCAGUCACCAAUCUUAGCUUUGGUGGCAUUUACCAACGAUGCACUCCACUAACAUCAGAUGGAAAUGCCAUCUGUGAUGAGACAGCACAGAAAAACCCAGCCACUGGUGAUUAUUCUUGCCCUGCAAAGUACAAUACCACCCUAUUACGCUCUGAGACAGUAGAAAAAGGUUAUAAUCAUUAUGAAUGCCACAGCCACUGUCAUUCAUGUGGUUUCUUGUGGUUGUCUACUUGUUGUGACCAAAUAUGUGGUGAUGCUUACCGUGUCCGUCGUGCAAAAGUUGAAACUUACUGGUGUUCCUCAACUCAGAAAACCCCAGAGUACUCUGGAUACCUUUUUGGAGGUUUAUUUGGAGCAGGCAUGCAAAACCCAUUGACCAAAUCUAAUGGCUGUCCUCCAAACUACUUUACCCAACACUUUUUGUCUAAUGGCAUGAUGGUUUGUCUGAGCAAUGAUUAUGAGGCUGGAACAAGAUUCUCUGUGCCUUUUGCUGGUUUCUUCAGCUGCCAGUCUGGCAACCCUCUCUCAAAGGGUCAAUCUCGCUGUCCACCUCAGUUCAGCCAACAUCUUGCUGCCAUUAGUGAUGGCUGUCAGGUACUGUACUGUGUCCAGUCCGGUGUGUUCACUGGUGGUCAGUUAAAGCCUAUCCGCCUCCCACCAUUCACAAGACCACCAAUGGUCAGUAUGAUCGCCACAAACACUGUAGCUGUAAUGACAGAAGGCGAUCGUUCUUGGGUGAGAGUUGGACAAACUAAAAUGUGGCGAAUGGCAAAGCCUGGUGAGAUAAACAAAAUGGCAUCGAUGUUUGAUGCGUCUUCUUCUCAGAUGUCCGGAGGAGAAAAGGCUGGAGUAGCCAUUGGUGUAAUGGUUCUGGUUGCUCUUGUGGUCAUAGGAAUGGUGUUUAUAAUGAAAAGGAGAAAGAGGUUGUCUGCCAUCGGGUUUAGCAAAGGCUAUGAAGAGAUUGGUAGUGAGGGUCAAAGUGAGAGCAGGAUAGAGAUUCAGAGUGAACAACAGAAUGAGACUGCAAAUGAAAACCCUGAUCAACCCCUACUUUCAUAAUGUCUUUAAGAUGACUGUUCAGAGAUUUACAGUAAAGCUUUAUAUUGCUAUAAUGCUACAGCAGCAGUAACAGGUACAGCAGUUAUUUUACUAGUAGUGAUCUCAGUCAGUAACCAUUCUCUAAAAAUAACUUUUAUUCACAUUUGUUUAACAACUAACAAUCCAAGCAUUGGAAUAAAUCUGAAAGAAAAUGUUUCUGUUGGUGGAAUGUCAUAAAAUAUAUAAAUUUAAAAAUGAUUCAGUGUAAGGAUAUACUGUACAGUAAAUGUUUCAGUAGUGUAUCUUAUAGAGAGACUGUUGUGAAAUAAGAAUACUCUGAAAUGAAUUACAUAUACAGAAUUAUGGGCUUUAUAUGAAGUUAUUUUCUACUGAUUUAUUAUUUUUAUUGAUAUAUGUGUAUAUCUAAAUCUUUGUGCUUUUGUGACUAAUAAAGAGUUCUUAAAGAAAA